CCUUAGCACCAAUGGAUUUGUGUGCUCCAUUUCGAUACCCAUUACUUGAGAACGCGUGCUGAAUACCGCUGCUGCUGCGACUGUCUUCAUCGCUUUGACUGUCUGAACGUACCAUGCAACACACUCGAAAGCUUCCGUUGGCACCGCCCCAAAUCUCUGAACGCAACUUUAGGGAUUCCACAACUCUAGCCCCGUCGUUGUUGCUCUCUAGGCGGUCACUCUACGUACCGGCGGAAUACCACGCACUCUUCGCACGUCAGCCUUCGCAAGGCGGUUCCGGGGGCAAAAGGGCAAGGGAAACAAGAAGCUCAGCUCCAAGGCAGCAGGCAGCGCUGCCGCUGGUGCUGUUGCUUGUGGCGAUGCUGCUUCGUCAGUCGGCUUCGCUUUCAGAAACGUUGUCUCGAAAGUCAUACUGUUUGACCAGCUCAUCAAUAUGCGCCCGCUUCACCGCAAUAGGUCGACGCUGCGAUCCAGAAAGCAGCUACGCUUCACAAAUUCUAACUGCACAUCCUCGUAGGAAUCGCUAUGGAGUCGACGGGAUGUACCGUAAAGGCGAACAAGUACGGCUGCUUCCAAUUCAGCGACGACUUUGCCUAGCCCAAGUACGAUGGCGGCCGACCGAAGAGCGGCAAUGGCGCGCAGGCUAACGCCGGGGCUGCUUACAUUGCUGAACUGGUCAAGCAAAAGGGUAAUUCGCUCUAGCAGGCGCCGCGCACGUACAACGACCCGCUCAACCAGUGGGAAAAUCCUAGUU